ACUGGGUGGUCCUGUGUUUGGUGGUGUUGAAUAGAACUGAAGUUUGUCUGUUUCAGACCUUUGGUGAGUGUGGCUUUAAAGUAAAUCUGUAAUAAGAUUAUAGAAUAAUGAUUAAACGGAGGUCUGUGAGGUGAGGAGAUGAGCAGGUCUGUCCGUUUAUCUGUUUCCUGUCAUGUUUGGUCUUCGUCUCGCCCUGUUUUCCUCCAUCUGUCCAACUUUAUUACUCACUGUGUGAAAACAUAAACAAAGGCUCUUCCUAUCUGCAGAUUCUUACAUGACCUCAGGGAUGAUAGAUUCAGAAGAAGAAGAAGAAGAAGUCUGUUUAGGGUCUUUUUUAGGUCACAAAAAGGACAUCCGCUUUAUUUUGAACCUGUUUCAUAACCACAAAAAAACUCUCUUAAUGGGUUAGGGUUAAUGGAGAUAAAAAAGUUUAUAUUUAUGAGGAAAAACUUCUUUUAACUCUUAAACUCGGUGUUCAGAGUCAUAGGCUCAGUGAAUAAUCCCAGCAUGCAAUAGGUGAGACGCAAUAACAGAAAAGCGUCUCAGAGGUCUUCAGAUGGAAGAACAGUCUGUCCGUUUUUGUGUGUUUGCAGGUGAAUAUCCUCGUUUUUACAUUAUAACAGCGAGUGAAUAAAAAAACAAAAACAGACUGCAGCUGGAUCAGAGAGAGAGAGAGAAACUACAAUAAUCAAUGAUUAAUAAAGUCAUUAUCUAUCGAUAUGAAGAAAACCAGAGAAAAUCUGUUUCUGUGUCUGUUGAACCAUAAACCUUCUUCCCCGCUCAGAUCUUCUUCUUCUUCUUCUUCUUCUUCUUCUUCUUCUUCUUGUUUUUUUGUCUCUGGUUUCAGCCUGACCUCAGUUUCCUCUCUCACGCUUUCACAUCCCGUUUAACCCUCGGCGGUCUGUUACAGGUUCACGUCCUGUUUAACCCUCGGCGGUCUGUUACAGGUUCACGUCCCGUUUAACCCUCGGCGGUCUGUUACAGGUUCACGUCCCGUUUAACCCUCGGCGCUCUGUUACAGGUUCACGUCCCGUUUAACCCUCGGCGGUCUGUUACAGGUUCAUUCAUGUCCUGUAAUUGUCGUCAUGGUUAUUCUGGGAGGUGAAGUGACUCAGUGAAGCAGACGACACAGAGAAAAGAAAAACCUUCUUACAAACUGAAGGUCGGCGGCGGCUCCUGUGCGUUAUUCUGACAGACACAUUUUUCAGGAUAUUUCUGACUGCUGCUCUUCGUCUCUCUCUGCAGUAUGUUUUUGUCUCGUGAACUUUAUUCCUCCUGUAAACUAGUUUCCGUGGCUCCGCCCCACCAUCAGGUUGUCCUGCUUAUGUCACAUGGUUUCCACGAUUGUAAUGCAGCGUUUUUGUUCGUACUUCCUUUUCUUUUAUAAGCUCAUGGUAUUUUAGACUCCACAUUAAACAUUGUUUUACUGCAAAAGCCUUUCUGACGAUGUGAAUUCCUGAAUGAUUUGUGCCUAAUGUGAAGAAUUUAGUUGUAAACUGUCAGACCUUCUACCUUCCCUUUCUUCUCCCUCAGCAUCUCCUGAUUCGUUCUCUUGUCGUUGCAGAGCUGCACGCCGCGCUGGAAGCUGUGCGUCAGCGACACAGACAGCGCUCUGGGCUUCGCUCUGGGAGCCAUGUUUGUCAAAGACACUUUUGCCGAGGACAGCAAGUCUAUUGUAAGUCAUUUUCCAUCCUGACAUAUUCUCCUGCCGUGAGCUUUGAUGGAAAGAGGUCUGACUGAUAUUUGUGUCUUUACUCAGGCUGAAGACAUGGUCGGGGAAAUCAAAUCGGCCUUUGAGGACGGCAUAAAGUACGUGAACUGGAUGGACGCAGAGACCAAAAAGGCAGCCAAAGAAAAGGUGGAUGAAGACGUUUGUGUCUGCGUUAAAAAGUUUCUUCUUCUUCUGAAACAAACACCUGAUAGGAGUUUGUUUUCAUGCUGAAAUGCAGCGCUGCCACCUGCUGUGGAAAUGUGUCUGAUACAGUUUUUAUCUGCUGCUGAUUCUCACAGGCUGACGCGUUAUACAACAUGGUGGGAUAUCCAGAGUUCAUCAUGAACGCCACAAAGCUGGACAAAGUGUACAAUGAUGUAGGUCGAUCAGGAGAGAACAGUCCCGCCUCUUUAUCCUCAAACGCUUCAGGAAACAUUUCAACAACACGUUUUCUUCCUUCUUUUGCAGUUCGAGGUGGUAUCAGAACAUUAUUUUCAAAACGUCAUGCAGUACUACAACUUCUCAGGCAGAGUGACCGCGGACCAGCUGAGGAAAACCCCAAACAGAAACCAGUAAGUUCCCCCCUUCAUCCUCAAGUCCCAGUCUGCUGGAGAGGAGGGCUGACUCAGCAGAAUCCUCUGAAGUUUCCAUGGUAACCAGCUCCUCUCUGUCAAAGUGAUCCUCGUCUCUGAUUGGACUCGGUGACAGUUCUCCCACCUUUGUCUCCAAAGAUUCUCUUAAAACUCCCAAAAAGUUGGGAAAAACUCAGACGGAUUAAAACUUUGUUAUAAAUCUGUGAUUUUACUCGACAGAUUUACAGUAAAAAUAUUUAAGAAUAAAAACACAGAGAAGAAAAGGCUGUAAAACCUUUAAUGACUGACGACUCAACCGUCUUUGACAGUCUGCACGGAAAUACUGCAGAAACUCAACGACUGACAACCAACAUGACCGUCCCUAACAUGACCACCCCUAACAUGACCGCCCCUAACAUUACCGCCCCUAACAUGACCACCCCCAACAUGACUGCCCCUAACAUGACCGCCCCCAACAGGACCACCCCAAACAUGACCACCCCCAACAUGACUGUCCCUAACAUGACCACCCCCAACAUGACUGUCCCUAACAUGACCACCCCUAACAUGACCGCCCCUAACAUGACCACCCCCAACAUGACUGUCCCUAACAUGACCACCCCCAACAUGACCACCCCUAACAUGACGUUCCCUAACAUGACCACCCCCAACAUGACUGUCCCUAACAUGACCGCCCCCAACAUGACCGCCUCUAACAUGACCACCCCCAACAUGACUGUCCCUAACAUGACCACCCCCAACAUGACCACCCCUAACAUGACCACCCCCAACAUGACUGUCCCUAACAUGACCACCCCCAACAUGACCGCCCCUAACAUGACCACCCCCAACAUGACCACCCCCAACAUGACCGCCCCUAACAUAACCACCCCCAACAUGACCGCCCCUAACAUGACCACCCCCAACAUGACUGUCCCUAACAUGACCACCCCCAACAUGACCACCCCUAACAUGACUGUCCCUAACAUGACCACCCCCAACAUGACUGUCCCUAACAUGACCGCCCCCAACAUGACCGCCUCUAACAUGACCACCCCCAACAUGACUGUCCCUAACAUGACCACCCCCAACAUGACCACCCCUUACAUGACCAUGCCCCUCGGCCAAAGGCAGCCCCGCCCUCUAAGUGUGCUGGUUAUAUAAACCUGAGAAACAAACAUUUUGACCAAUCUAGGAACUGAAAAAAAAUUUAAAUCACAAUUAUUUCUGUUUCUUUUUUAGGUGGAGCAUGACCCCUCCGACCGUGAACGCGUACUACAACCCAACCAAGAACGAGAUGGUUCUCCCCGCAGGUAUCCUUCAGGCGCCGUUUUACAGCCGCUCCUGGCCAAAGUAAGUCCUCUGCAACAGUCCAGACUUAGUCGUGACGCUUCUUUAUUUCACUUUAACAGAUUAAGAAACGAGUUUGUCGUCUGUAAGGUUUGACAGUCAAUCUGGUGCAAAGUUUGAUUUGAUUUUAAAGGUUAUUUACAAAAGUAGUCAACUUUAACUUUGAGUAAAACAGAGAUAAUAAUAAUAAUCAUAAUCCAUCAUUUAUAAUUAAGAACAUAAUUAAAAAUGUGAUUUUAUGACUGAUCAGAUUUUCUGUAGUGUCGGACUGAAGAAAGCAGGAAUGAACCAAACUGAAGUUUUAACUGUUUAUUUCUGAUUCAGGUUUUAUUUACCUGUUAACUUGUGAAAAAGGAGCAAAAAUCCACAUUAUUACACACAAUCCUGUAAAUCCUAAUAAUAUCAAAUUUACUCAGUUUCUUUUUUUAAUACCAAUCAAAUGAACCGUAUAAAUCCAUGGUGUCAGUUUAAAGAGAGGGCUGAUCCUCUGUUUGGAAACGUUAUACUGAAAUAACCAGACACCGGUUUAUAUCCUAGACAGUGAUAAAAGAGUUUGUUUUAGGAGAGACGAGCAGCUUUUUAUUUAACGCUGAGAUCCUGUAACGUCACUGUAAAGGAGUAAUGUUGAAAAAGUCUAACGUGAAGACAGACGAGUGUGCUGCAUGUGGAUUUUUAUGAUUUUGUUCUUUCCAGAGCUCUGAACUUUGGUGGCAUCGGAGUCGUCAUGGGACACGAGCUGACUCACGCUUUUGAUGACCAAGGUGUGUUACCAAACUUCUUUAAACCGUUUCACAUCAGAAUAUUUAGAGCUUUAGUCUGAAUUCCUUUAUGAUUAUUUUUAUCAGGGAGAGAGUAUGACAAAGAUGGAAACCUGCGUCCUUGGUGGAAGAACUCCUCUGUGGAGGCGUUCAAGAGGCAGACGCAGUGCAUGGUGGAGCAGUACGGAAACUACAGCAUCAACCAGGAGCCUCUGAACGGACGACAAACUCUGGGAGAAAACAUCGCUGACAACGGAGGACUGAAGGCCGCCUACAAGGUCUGCUGUCCCUCAGGAAGCAUGAGUCACCUCUAAUAUUUUCUUUACGUGAAGGAAACUGGCUCUGUGCCACCGGUGCCGACCGUUUAAAGUGUUUACAUGGUCAUGGAAAGUUCACAGCACAGCGCUGUGUUUGCUAAGGCGACACCAACAGAUUGAAUGUUUACAAGGUCAGAAAAGUAUCAGACGUCGAUCUCUCUGUUGUCGUUGAUUUGUCGGGACUCACAUCCAUUCAUCUGUGUUGGAAAAAGCCGAGUAGUCUGGUUUACAGUGAAGCCUGGAAAUGCAACAGGUGGCUGCUGUGAGCGGCCCGGUCAGCCUCUGGUUACUUCUUCACAUUCUUUCCAUGUAAUGAAAGGUCAGGAGCUGAGCGGCAGAUGAGCCAAUCAUAUGGAAGUAUCAGCAGCCGGCACUACCUGCUUCUCCACCUUCUGUUGACUUAUCGCUGUGCAUAUGAGCAGACGUGUGUGUGUGUGUAACAUGGUCAUUUGUUGCUUCACAGGCUUAUGUGAACUGGAUCAAAAGGAACGGCGAGGAGGCCACACUUCCUGCCCUGGGGAUGACAAACCAUCAGCUGUUUUUUGUGGGAUUUGCACAGGUUUGUGUCUUCAGAGUUCUCUCACUCAUUAUACUUCAUACAAACUGAUGCUGUUUCCAGAAACGCUCCACAGAAAUUCAGAGACAUGAACAUUUUCUACUUUUCCCUCCUCCUCAUUGAAAGAAUCCAAAACCAUCAACAGACAAACGUGUGACGCAGUCGUGGUGUUGGCGCUCAAACAUGAGAAACGAGAGCGGAGAGUGAGCGCACGUUCACGAAUAAAUCUGUUUCAAGACGUGAAUUAAAACCUAAUCAGCAUCACGAGACCCCCGACGGGUCUUUAAAUCGCACUUCUGCUUGUUAGAUCCUCCUUAUUUUGCUCCUCAGAAUCUGCUCACUCACAGCCAGCUGGACCAGAAGACAUCCAGGACCAUAAUCUGGUCCAACGCCUACAGAUUUAGUGUUUUAAGCAGAAUCAGUUUCUCUACAGAAAGGUGAUUCUGACGAGAAACUCGCCAGUUUUAGACCUCAUUCCCAUUUAACAAUAAUAACAAUAAUAAUAAUAAUAAAUGUUUGACAUUUAACAGAUUGAAGUACACAGUGGGUUUUGGCGGCAGAUAAGUUGAUCCUAUUUUGCGAUCUUGUUCCUCCUGCAGGUUUGGUGUUCGGUCAGGACACCAGAGAGCGUACACGAGGGAGUAAUCACAGAUCCUCACAGUCCAUCAAGAUUCAGAGUCAUCGGCACCAUUUCCAACUCUCAUGAAUUCUCAAAGCACUUUGGCUGCAGUGCCGACGCUCCGAUGAACCCCAAACAUAAGUGUGAUCUUUGGUGAGGCCUCGUCUCAUGAUGCUGCUCUCCUGUACGGAGGGAGACGGACCUCAAACGAGGAAAAAUAAGAACCACUGAACUCCUGCUGCUUUGCCACUUUAUGCUUAACAGGCUCCUCCUCUCGACCGGGGCAGAAAGUUCCUGCUCUGGGUUGAGGACCACCAUCUUCAGGACUUCUCUAAAUUUUGCUUUUUCAACACUGGAAACUCAACAAUGGUUACCAUGACAAGGGGAAUCCCUCUUAAAAUGUGUGUACUACCUGUUUGUCACUCGGAGUGAUGAGUGGACAAGGGUCCCGUUGAACUCUUGUCCUGACUUUCAUCUGCUUACUUCAAUCGGAUUUUAUUUAUGAUCACAUUUUUUAUGAUAUAGCACAGCAGGGACCUGUAGGACUUUUGAAGGAAGAUUCAACAUUUGGUUCAUCGAAACGAUUUUAAAGCCGUUUAAUUCAACACAUGUUUUUAAAUACAACAGCAUUUGUUUUCUGUGCAGUCAGAUCAGGACGAAAUGAUCAAUAAUUCAGAUGUAACUGUGUAAAGUUUGAACAGAAUGAAGGAAUGAAGACAUCCACAGCAGCAAACUGAAGCUUUAACUCCGUGUAUUUUUCACUCAGAACUCAGUCUUAUAGGUAAAGGGAUGUUGUGCCAAUCUUAUUUUGAUGAGUUUGUCACAGUUUAUUUUGUAUAGUAAAAUGAUCUUAAAACAUCUUU